AUGUUUGGCCGUAGCAUACCGGCGUUGGGUGAAUGGGCGAAGGGUUUGAUGGACGACAACGGCCCCGCUUUCCUGGCUGGCACCAAGGCUCCGGCACAUGGUGUUCCGUACCGGGGCCCCGGUGUGGGGCCGAACCUAUCGGGGGCAUCAGCGAACCAGUCCCCGCCGGAUGAUGCUUCUCAACACGGUGUCGAGCCAUAUUCCGGAUUGGCGGGCGCACAAGGUGGAACAUCGGAAAGAGGUCUCUUCGAAUCGAGCUCGUGGGCUGCCUCUAGCGCGGUGCGAUUUGGCGGCUAUUUUUCGCCGUUGGAUUUUCUUUGUGAAGCCUAUAAUAGGUUGUUGUCUCGCAUGGCCUGGCGUGUUUGGCUUUGUUCAGCCUUGCUACCGUUGGCCGAGCAGUCAGUCGGUAAAGUGCGGUGUGGGGAUGGUAUUCUUUGUCCCAUCUUACCGUUAGGAAACCACAAACCGAAUCACGACGCCGAGCAGGUGGGCAAACCGCGCGCUAUCCUGGAGCAGCCACAAUUGGCCGCCAUGACAACUCCAGCUCUCGCAAUCUGGAGGAUUCUUCAAGUACUUGUCCUUGCAAAGCCCGCUCCCAGCCCAAGUGGAGAAACCAAGCUGGGCAGACUUCAACAUGGCAAGAGCGUCUUGGCAACUUUCGUGAUGGGAUGA